AUGCGUUCCCGAUGCCAUCAUCAGCUGGCGAAUGUGCUCGAGCGCACUCAACAGACAUCACUUUUGCGAUUGCGCCCGCAGCCCCUGAGCUGGUCGUGUGCUCAUCGACGAAAUGCGACAACCACUGCGGCUACAGUCGAAGAACCGUCGGCGCCACGUUCUUUGGCGAUUCAGUCCACAGCACGUCACAAUGAGAUCGGAGUGCAACAAGUCAGCGCCCACAUCUAUCCACAACUUUUUCCAAAUCCAUCAGAAACUUCGAAACCGGAUGCUGAGCUUGUCGCUCUGUCAAAGGAUCAUCUCACCCGGCACGAUCUUUACGGCAAAACCAGCGAUGUAUCACCGCCGAUUGGGUUCGACCUACCUGACCUGCAGGGAACGUCUCUUGACGAGCACUUCUUUCGCUUGGGAAUGGAUAGCGCAGAGCCCUAUCUCGAGAUAGCUAAAAAGUUCGCCCGAGCGUCUCCGCCCGCGCGACCGCGCAAAUGGGUCCAACGGAGCGGAUGGACGAAAUACAACCCGGAUGGAUCCUCAGAACCCAUAGAUACACCCGAUGCUGAUGUGUUGAGCUUCGACGUAGAGGUGAUGUGGCAUGAAACGAACUUUGCAGCCAUGGCUUGUGCGACAUCUGCGACCCAUUGGUAUGCAUGGAUCUCGCCCUGGCUUCUGGGAGAAUCUGAGGAUGACAAGCAUUUGAUUCCCUUGGGAGACCCUAAGAAGCCCAGGAUCAUCGUCGGUCACAAUAUCGGCUAUGAUCGAGCCCGCAUCCUCGAAGAAUAUAGCAUCGAGCAAACGGCCAACUUUUUCGUUGACACCAUGAGUCUACACGUGGCAGUCAAUGGCAUGUGUAGUCGACAGCGGCCUACCUGGAACAAGCAUAAGAAGGAUCGUGAAACGCAGGAUAAGAUUGCCGCUGCCGAGGAGAACGGUGACUUGAACGCUUUGCUUGAGAAUAACCUCUCGUUCGAGGAAGAGGCCGAUUUGUGGGUCGGCCGAUCAUCGACAAAUAGUCUGCGGGAGGUCGCCCACUUUCACUGUGGCAUCACCAUCGACAAAGCAAAACGCGAGUGGUUUGGCGAGCUAGACCGAAAAGGCGUCGUGGAACGUCUUGACGAGCUUCUGGAUUAUUGCGCUGCAGAUGUGGAUAUCACGCACAAGGUCUACAAAAGAGUCUUCCCCAACUUCCUCGAGACCUGCCCGCACCCUGUCUCGUUCGCUGCUCUCCGACAUAUGUCAACUGAGAUUCUACCGAUCAACGACAAGUGGAGUGCCUACAUCGCAAAUGCCGAGGCGACUUAUCAGAAGCUUCUGACGGGCGUUCAAGAGAGACUUGUCGACCUGGCAGAAAAGGCGGUUGCACUUCGCAAUGACCCAUCGACUUACGAACAAGACCCCUGGCUCAAUCAACUAGAUUGGAGUGGACAGGAAGUUCGCAUGGUCAAAGGCAAGAAGAAAAACGAUCCCCCGCGGCCGGCCGCCAGACAGAAAAAGCCUGGGAUGCCAAAGUGGUACAAAGAUCUGUUCUCCACCAACGAUGCUGACAUUUCGUUGACCGUGAGGACACGUAUCGCACCACUACUGCUGAAGAUGUCCUGGGAUAGUAAUCCUUUGGUCUGGUCAGAUGUUUUCGGCUGGACUUUCAAGGUCCCGAUCGCAACUGCUGACAAAUAUCAGAGCUUGUCAAUGACACGGUGCGAUAUGUACGAGGAAGAAAACCUAACCCUACGAGAUGAUCGCGGCCAUGCUUAUUUCAAGCUCCCACACAAAGACGGCGCAAAGGCGCGAUGUGCGUCGCCUUUAGCGAAGGGGUACCUUUCAUUCUUCGAGAAGGGCACGCUAUCCUCAAAAUACGAACACGCAAAGGAGGCCCUUGAAAUGAACGCGUCAUGCUCGUACUGGAUCAGUGCCCGUGACAGAAUCACAUCUCAGAUGGCCGUGUAUACAGAAAAUGCCGAUUCUAGUAAGGACAAGCUUGGGUUCAUUCUACCUCAAGUCAUCCCAAUGGGCACCAUCACUCGACGUGCGGUGGAAAACACUUGGAUGACCGCAGCCAAUGCAAAGAAGAAUCGUGUUGGAUCUGAAUUGAAGAGCAUCAUCACUGCGCCGCCAGGCUAUUGCUUUGUGGGAGCUGAUGUCGAUAGUGAAGAGCUCUGGAUCGCAUCAGUCGUAGGGGAUGCCAACUUCAAGCUCCAUGGCGGAAAUGCAAUCGGAUUCAUGACCCUGGAAGGUACGAAGGCUGCAGGCACGGAUUUGCACUCACGCACUGCUAGUAUCCUGGGCAUAUCACGUAAUGAUGCCAAGGUCUUCAACUACGGACGAAUCUACGGCGCUGGGCUGACCUUUGCACAAUCGCUGCUGCGUCAGUUCAACCCAAGUGUGACUGAUGAGGAAGCGCAGCGAGUUGCGACCAACCUUUACCACGAAACCAAAGGCAAAAAGGUUGGAUCGAAAUUCCUCAAGGACAGAAAGUUUUGGCGCGGAGGUACCGAGAGUCUCGUGUUCAAUCGUUUAGAAGACUUUGCUGAUCAAGAGCGACCUCGAACGCCGGUUCUCGGGGCUGGAAUCACCGAAGCUUUAAUGCGCCGCUUCAUCUCGAAGAAGGGUGAUUUCAUGACGAGCCGUAUCAACUGGGCUAUUCAAUCUUCUGGAGUUGACUAUCUUCACCUGUUGGUGGUCAGUAUGGAGUAUCUCUGUCGCAGGUAUAACAUCGCCGCUCGUCUUGCAUUGACGGUACAUGACGAAGUUCGUUAUCUCGCCAAGGAUGAGGACAAAUAUCGCACUGCGAUGGCAAUGCAGGUUGCGAACGUUUGGACUCGUGCUAUGUUCAGCCAACAGAUCGGCAUCGAUGAUCUUCCGCAAUCAUGCGCAUACUUCAGUGCAAUCGACAUCGACCACGUCCUCCGCAAAGAGGUCGACAUGGACUGCAUCACUCCUUCUCAUCCCGAAAGUAUUGCGCCAGGAGAGUCCCUAGAUAUCGCGCAGCUCCUUGCGAAGGGCGAUGAGGCAUACCUUGAUCCGAAGGUCGAGCCGAUCUCACGUCCAAACCCGUCGAAAUUCGACUAUGUCUAUCGUCAACCCGUAAUGGAAGACCUCAAGUCGGACAAUGUUACUCAAUACCUCAAGGCACAGAUCGCCUCCACACCUGCCGAAUUGUCCGAGAUUCUCCGAGAUCUCCGCGCACCGACACGCAAGGCCUUCAAGAGCGCCAACGAGGACGACGACGACGCCCCUCCGGCAAAACCCGCUUCCCGACGACCCAAGAACCCGUCAAGCGCAACCAGCAAAUCCCCCAAGACCGCCAGCCGCAAGCCAGCUAACUUCACCGGACGGACAAUGACCGCCUCAACCAACCAUUAUAACACCAACUACAACCGCCUGCCUCCCUAUUCCUCCGCGAAUGCUUACUCCAAGCCACCGAGCUACCAAAACGGCUCCGCCUCCUCCGUCCGCCGCGCAUACGAGAGCACCGACUUCUAUGACCUCUGGCAGCAGGUGAAUCAAGACCAUCAGCUCUCCCGUACUUGGGGCAACUGA